CGGGAGGGCCCGGGCGCUGCCGGCGGAGAACAAUUUCCAAAUCUUGUAUGGUUUUGAAACUGAACAGAAGACCAGAAAUCGGAAUCAUCUUCCCAUUCCCAUGAACGAGCAGUAAUAAUGCAACGAAGGCAGGGAAGAGUCAAUGCCGGGCUGCUUUUGCUGCUUUAUCAAAUCUCCCAGGUGGGACUCCAGAACAUUCCUCCUGUUACCCUGGGGGUGCUUGCACUGAACGUUUUUCUCUUCCUGAACCCCGUGAGGCCGCUGGCUGAAGUGUGCAUCAGUGUCAACGAAGCCAUCUACAGAAAGGACUGGCAGCGCUUGCUGCUGUCUCCUUUCCACCACGCAGAUGACUGGCAUUUGUACUAUAACAUGAUUUCCAUGCUUUGGAAGGGGAUCAUGCUGGAAAAAAAGCUGAAGAGCGUGUGGUUUGCCUACGUAAUUGCGGUGUUUUCCGUGCUGAUUGGACUUGUGUAUGUGGUGCUGGAAUUCCUCCUCGUGAAAAUUCUGGAUGACCCUUCCUAUGGGAUGAGCUGUGGUGUAGGUUUUUCAGGAGUCCUGUUUGCUCUGAAGGUUCUUAACAACCAUUACAACCCGGGAAGGGUCAGCACCGUCCUCGGGGUGCGGCUCUCCAGUAAAUACGCCUGCUGGGUGGAGCUGCUGGCUAUCCAUUUCAUCGCCCCAGGGACUUCUUUUGCUGGGCAUCUAGCAGGGAUUCUUGUUGGAUUGAUGUACACUAAGGGACCUCUGAAAAAGAUCAUGGAAGCCUGUGCAGGUGGCAUUUCUUUCUUCACUGACCAUGGCAGGCCAAGGGACUACUAUUCAGACUAUUAUGGCUAUUAUCCAGGUUAUCAACACAGAACUCCAAGGAACUACUAUGACUAUACUGGUGGGCUCACUGAAGAAGAACAGCUUGAAAGGGCAGUGCUCAACAGUCUUAAUGAAAGAGAUUUUGGGGGAGCGACGUACAACGACGAGCGGCGGCCGUACGGCUUCUGGUUCCCACCUGAGCACCCGGAGGAGGAAAUGAGGAGGCAAAGGCUCCGGAGGUUUGAGAGGCGAUGAAAUGGCCCCAUGUUCGUGUCAAUUGUGAAGUGCUCUUUGGAGUUACCAAAGUAUUUGCAGAUUCAUUUGUAAUCUGCAAUUUACAGCUUUAAUUUAUAAUCUGUCUUCCAUCAUUUUCACUUCGGCUCACGAAGCUGCAGAGGGUCUGGUGGGUUCAGGCUCAGAAUUGGAACUUGAACCAAAAGGGUGAGCUGGGAGUGAGAACUGUGAUCUUUGUCUCCAUCUUAAUGCACCUUAAAUGUGGAACAAGGCGGAUGGUUUUGCCAAACUGUCUUUUUAUUCCUUAAGUUAUUUUGUGUAGCUCUAAGAAUUCCUUGGCUUUUGGACUGCUGUUGUCCUCAGACAAGUUUUCUUCAUCCAUCACAGCUGAAACAUUAAAUUUUCUCUGUAACUUUAAAA